AUGCUGCAGCUCACACCGAAUGCUUACUGCAACCACUGCACUAACUGCAUGCUGGCCCUGCAGCUCACACCAAAUGCUUACUGCAACCACUGCACUAAUUGCAUGCUGGCCCUGCAGCCCACACCAAAUGCUUACUGCAACCACUGCACUAACUGUAUGCUGGGCCUGCACCUCACAUCGAAUACUUACUGCAACUACUGCACUAACUGCAUGCUGGCCCUGCACCUCACACCGAAUGCUUACUGCAACCACUGCACUAACUGCAUGCUGGCCCUGCACCUCGCACCGAAUGCUUACUGCAACCACUGCACUAACUUCAUGCUGGCCCUGCACCUCACACCGAAUACUUACUGCAACCACUGCACUAACUCCAUGCUCGGCCUGCACCUCACAUCGAAUACUUACUGCAACCCCUGCACUAACUGCAUGCUCUCCCUGCACCUCACACCGAAUACUUACUGCAACCACU